AUGACUGUCAUAAAUUAUAAAUCGUACCAACAGGUGCUAGAUUUGGCCAGUGAGAGCAAGCGCACCACCAAGGCAUCCAAGACCACUGCGGGUGCUCCCAAGAAGAGAACAAAAUCCGGUUGUCUCACUUGCAGAAGAAGAAAGAAGAAGUGUGACGAGGAGAAGGUGGGUGGUAAGUGCCAGGCAUGUAUCAGAAACUUCUUGGACUGUUGCUGGCCCGGCGAGGUUGCAGCCGAGCAGCCCGAGACCGAGACUCUAGAGGCUGAGAGUUGUGUCAAAGUUGAAAAGGUCGAAAUCAAGAGCAAAGGUGCCAGCGCUUACCCUUCGCCAGUUUUGUCGCCCCAAGCCGAGGCUGUAGAUGACUGCAAGGAUAUCAAGCCACUCGAGUUGGGAACGACGUUCAAGAACACUUCAUCCAAGGUGACUAAGCCUAAAGUGACUAAGCCCAGGAAGGCCAGGAAGGGCCAGGCACAGUUUAUUGUCACGUCUUUUGAUCACGACAGAGCGUUGUGCCAGGUUAAGGUUUAG